UUGGCUCAACAACUGUUUGCUUCGUACGAGUUGUGCACAGAGUUGUCUUCAGCGCGAGAACUGUUGGUAACCAUAUUUGCCAUCAAUUGUUGCAUUGAUGACCCCAAUGGACAGUUGUCAACGGCGUGGCGGACAGGUGUGGCUAAUAUUGUCCGCUCGAACGGCGCGUAUCUUAAAGAUGACGGCGUUAUCACACGUUUGGCACUUCAUAUCAGAUCCCGAUUACAGGCAAACAUCACUUCAGUUGAAAAUGCUAGACUGACAUACCGGUGCGCCUUUGAACUCAUUGAGACUAUUUAUAAGACACUUCAUGAACACAUGGACACAGAUGUGAGCGAGACUUCACUGCUUUCAGACCCGAACACAGCAUUGAUUUUGGAGUUAAUGCUAUUAACGGACACAGAAUGGUGUGAAUUGCGGUCAAAAUGUGACAAUUCUGUCGUUCACUACGAUUGGCUCACAAGUGACACGUUAUUUGAUCCGCAAACCUGUCAAAUGAUAUCCACUAAGUCUAUGGACACAACUGGUGUCUCAUUUGUCUUCUCAUCGAUAGCGACAGUAGUUUUGUUUGAA